CAAUUUAUGUGCAGUUGUUCCCUUAGACUUUUCACAAGUCUCUGCACAUUCGGGGAUAUAGGCCUUCUAGUAGAAGAUUAUCUUUCCCAGGCGACGAAAAAUUCUGCAUAAAUCCAAAAAAAAUGGUGUUCUUGACGCGUUUCCUAGGUUAUGCCGCCUACCAGGCAAAAAAGCCCAGGAAGUACAUGAGGAAGGGUUUCCUGGAUUCCAUGGAGCUGUACGUGCGUGGUGGCACUGGAGGGAUGGGCCUGCCACGUUAUGGAGGUGUGGGAGGACGUGGUGGGCAUGUUUACGCUAUUGCCACUGAGGGACAGACGUUGUACGAUGUCGAGAGAAAAUACAGGAACAAGAAGAUUGUUGCUCCAAAUGGAGAGCCUAGUACGUUCAAGGGACUCAUAGGAGUCGUGGGACAGGACGUGGAGAUCCCUGUACCUAGGGGGGUCACCAUUUUCGAUCGCAAUGGAGCUGUUUUAGGAGACCUCGAUAAACCAGAUUCCAAGGUGAUCAUAGCUCACGGAGGGGCUGGAGGAUGUGAGGAGACUGGCUGGAGUGGGCAGAAAGGAGAGCACAGAGUUGUGACUCUGGAUCUGAAGUUGAUCGCUGAUGCUGCACUCGUGGGUUUCCCAAAUGCUGGGAAGAGCACUCUGCUGCGGAGUGUCUCGAGGGCAAAACCAAAAGUUGCUGAUUAUCCUUUCACAACUGUAAGACCGAAUCUCGGGAUAAUUCAGUACCCAGACAUAAGAGAAAUCGCAGUGGCAGAUCUUCCAGGGCUGAUCGAAGGCGCCCACGUCAACGUAGGCAUGGGCCACAAGUUUCUGAAGCACUUGGAGAGAUGUAAAAUCCUAGUGUUCGUCGUUGACAUCCAGGGAUUUCGACUAUCAGUCCAGCGAACGUUUCGAAGUUGCCUGGAGACAGUUAUCCUCUUGAACAAGGAGCUCGAGCUCUACAAACCCGACCUUCUGAGCAUGCACUCGAUGCUGGUGAUCAACAAAAUGGACACCCCAGAGGCCGAUAAGAAGUUCAAGGAGAUCGAGCCAGCUCUGAACGACCUCCAAACAGCUUUCGAUAAUGUUUCUGACGAACUUCGGCCAGAGGUCCCUCUGCAGUUCAACGAAAUUCUCACUGUGUCGUUGGGUUUGGGGAAGGAUGAGGAGAUCGAACUCGUUAAGGAGAGGAUACGGGUUAAUCUAGAUAAACAGGCGGAGGAGGAGUUGAAGAAGAAUGAAGAACUUCCGAGGGAGGCCGAUGUCUACGAAAGACUUAAGAGAGAAUCUAGACGACAUCUACCAUUAACUGUUUGAAUGGCUUUAUCUCGAAUGUGAAAAUAUUGUACAUAGCUCAAUUGGAUUAUUAAAUGAGUCGUUUUGUAAGGAAAA